AUCGGACACAAGCUAUCCAUCGAUAUUGCUUUAUUGGAAAAUCAGAGGACUGAAUUAACACCAGAAGUUUGGUUUGGGGGAUCUGUUCAUUUGAAUUUGAAUUCACGCAGACUUGGACUUUUUUCACUGCUCGCCAAAGUAAGUCUGCUCUUGAUAAAUCACGAAUGUACUAAAUGGAUGGUUUAAAAAUGUGUCGUUGCAUUCGGAGUGCAUUACGUUAUGGCACCACAUAACCUACUUAAAGGUUAUAGCACAUAAUCAGUCAUUAUUACAGAGAUUAUAGUCAAGUAGAUCUGCCGUGCGUAAAAGCAGUGGCGCUGUUCCAAUCGACUCUCCCUCGGCGCACGACGGUUGACUUGUAGGCGAUGUGUUUGCGGUGUCAGGCAGAAGGAGAAGGCAAAUAAUUUAGGGCUGUGCCAAACCCAGAGACACCGGAGAGGUGACAACGACAAUACUAAAGCUCAGUACUGCGUACUGCGUAAAUACUGAUACGACUCCUUGCGAAAACUGCUUCAAUGUUAUGUUAGAAUGUAGGAUGAAUGGCUUCACAACUUUCCUCUUUGGAGUUGGUGCACACAAUCAAACUUAAAUUUGAGACAAACUAAACUGUAAAUCAGACACGUUAAACCACUUUUCGUCAUUUUAACCGAUAUCCUAUAGUGUGGUGGCUGCUGACUCUCUCCUCUUCCUGAUCUGUUCCAAAGAAAGCAUGGAAACCAACAGGGUAGAAGAGAAUACUUUUUUCUAAAUCCUUGGAAACAGGGGGAAACAAAAUUACUUCUGGAUUGUGUGGCACGAUCUUCCCUAUUAAUUUCUGAAAACUAUAAUGGAGCCUCUAGACCAGACCCAAUGGAUUCCCCUCUCAUCAGACCUCGAUUCCUCCUCUGCAGCAACUCCCUCAUCCUUCCUCUUUUCUUACCCCCGCCUCUUCAACAUCUCCUCCAACCUGUCCACUCAGAGUGUCCCCUUUCAGGGCAGCAGCACUCUGGUGACAGCGGUCAUCUCCCUCACGGUCUUCAUGGUGGGUCUCACCGGCAACACUCUGGCCAUCUACGUGGUGCUGCGCUACGCCAAGAUGAAGACUGUCACCAACAUCUACAUCCUGAACCUGGCUGUGGCUGAUGAGCUCUACAUCAUCGGGCUCCCCUUCCUCACCACACAGAAUGUGCUCUCCUAUUGGCCCUUUGGCUCUUUCCUGUGCCGCGUGGUCAUGACUGCAGACUCUAUGAACCAGUUUACGUCUAUUUUCUGCCUGACGGUCAUGUCCAUCGAUCGUUACCUGGCUGUGGUUCAUCCCAUCCGCAGCACCAAGUGGAGACACCCCCGCGUGGCCAAGGUGGUGAGCGCAGCUGUGUGGGCCGUGUCCUUUGUGGUGGUCCUGCCGGUGGUCAUCUUCUCUGAUGUCCAGGAAACAUUCAACUCCUGCAACAUGAUCUGGCCAGAGCCGAAUGACGUGUGGUCGACAGCCUUCAUCCUCUACACUGCCACGGUGGGCUUCUUUGGACCGCUGCUCAUCAUUUGCCUCUGCUACCUACUUAUCGUCAUCAAGGUGAAGUCCUCGGGGGCGCGGGCGGGCUUCACCAAGCGUCGCCGUUCGGAGCGUAAGGUGACGCGGAUGGUGGUGGUGAUCGUGGUGGUGUUUGUGCUCUGCUGGCUGCCGUUCUUCAUCAUCAACAUGGUCAACCUGGUUGUCAUCAUCCCAGAGUCCAGCGUCACUGCCGGCAUCUACUUCUUUGCUGUCAUCCUGUCCUACGCCAACUCCUGCGCCAACCCGGUGCUCUACGGCUUCCUGUCAGACAACUUCAAACAGAGUUUCAGAAAAGUGCUGUGUGUGAAGAGUAUGAGGUGCAAGGCCAAUGGUGUAGAUGAUGGUGACCCCAGUGCCCCACGUACUGAGAAAACCACAGCACACGACCUUGUCCUGCUCUCCCCUCGAAACCAAGUCUACCAUGAUCCCCAGAGCAGCCAGAUUUCUCCUCAGGCUCCAGACUCGCCUGCCUCGCACACAGCAGCAGACCUGCACCGCUUCAGCCCUACCUAUCAAUCUCCCUCCACUUGUCCAGGGAUCGGAUCCACCACUACCACGAUAACCUCCACAGCAGCCUCCGUGGUAACCAACAUUGUAACCCCUGCUGAACCUCCCACCACCACUGCCCUGACUACGCCCGCCUCAUCAGCCACCAUAGCUCCACAGGAACACUAGCCAAUAAACUCUGGAUGUCAGGUGUUUUAGGAAAUGAAAAGAGGAGCUGAGGAGGAAAAAAAACGUGAUGAUGUGAGACUAUAGAGGAGGGAACACAGUUGGAUUAGCUGAUGAAAAAUGGAAAACACUGAUGCUUCUCAGCAGUAACAAUGUAAAAAUGCAUAUAUCGGGCUAUUUCCUGAUACAAACAUGCACACUCAUUCUAAAUGCAUUGCAGCAUUGAUGGGCCAUAUCAGUGAAACAACCUGAUGAAUAUUUUUCAUGCCUCGAUGUAUGAAUUACCUGUAUGAAUCACCAAGCCCUGGGUUUCUCUCCAUCCAGCCAUCUGACAUAAGUGCCUUUUCAGCCACUCUCAGCAAUCACCACGACUCCUAAAGACACACAAACAUUCACACCUUACUUCUCUCACUUCCUGUUAGUGUGUCAGAUAACAUGUAAGAAUGUAUUAACUUUAAGGAACCAAAAAUGCCAUCAAGGACAUAUUUAAAGCCAGCGGAGAAGACUUCCCGCAGGUACCUGAUAUCUUUAUUUUGGUAAACUGGGCAUUACAGGGUUCUUUUAUUAUAGACAUACAUGAUUCAGGCUGGAAAGAUGAAGGUAUUUUUAGAUAAAAAUCUUGGCCUACUACAGCUUGAAUGAAACUGCUAAACAGCACAAUGCACUAAUUCAGUAUCAAGUUUUUUUCUGUGUUAAAAGUGCAUUUUUCUGUUUCAAGCUCCCACUCACUGCUGUUCACUUUACUCAAAUGGGCGUAUUGUGAUCAAUGAACUUGACAUCUGUACCGCUUUGUGGAAACAGUCCGCUGUAAUCCUUGUGGGUUAUUGUUUGUAUUUGGUAAAAAAUAGCUUGCUUGCUGUUUGUCAGCUUCUCAGUCACAGGAAAUGUGACUCUGCGCCUGCUCAGUGACCUUCUGCAAACAUGUAGCCAGCUCUGAAAACAAAACCUCUGACCUCUUUGUAUAUACGCCUCUUACUUUGUGUCUUUAUAAACUUGUGUGUCAUGUAGGUGUGUGUGUGUGUACAUGUACAUUUGUGGCAUAUGUACAGAAUAUGUGUAUAUGUUUUUCUCUGCAGAAGCCGUGAUGCUGCUAAAUCCAGGGUUUACAGCAGCACGUAUUGUUGCAAGUGUUACUGUAUGAGCGGCAUGUUUAUUGUAUAGUAGAUGCUAUUUCUGAUCAGACUGGCAGCACAUUAUCAGCUCUCACAGCCUCUGUUAGUUUUGGCCUUUGAACUGCUUGUAUUGCAACCGUGUCAGCCCUUGAGAUUUUAUUAUCAAAGAUCCUGUGUUGUGACAGGAUGGAGAGGAUUAUACCACAGGCACAGAAAAUACUUGUUUCUGAAUGUUUGGGAGGUACCUUUAAAAUCAUAUAACAGGACACCUCAGAUAUAUUUCUGGUCAGUCAUACUGAGCAACACAGGCAACUAUAGAAACAGUAUUUCUGCUUUAUGCUACGUCACCUUUUAACACUGACAAGUGAAACAGACCUAAACAAAGACUAAAAACUAUAAACCCACAUUAAAUUCAUGGCAAUCUGAGCACAGCUUCUCCUUUUGUGGUACAGUGAGUGACGGAGCAGAAAAACACAUUCGUAUGUUAUUUUUGUAUUUUAGUGAACCUAAAGCAUUUCAGUAGUAACGCUUAUGUUUCUAUUUUCUGGUCUCCAUAUUCUCACCACACAACCAGUCCCUUUAUAAAACCAGUCAUUGUGAUUAAGGCUAUUCAGUAAAAGCUAAUUAGAAUCAAACAAUGUGUUUAUUGUAGUAGAACAUACUGUAAUAAAGUGAGUAUGAGUUCAGGUUAUACUUUUUUCAGCCACUUGUCAUAUGUGUAGAGAAAGAAAAACUCAUCAGCGGCACGAGGAAGCUGACCAGGUGAAUAUAAUGAGUGGAGGCGAUGUCAGCGAAACGAAUGGAAGCUGUCAAAAAAAAAAAAACAAGGCUUUUAAUAAUAAAGGCUUUUUCGUGCAAAUACAGAGACUAUGUUGUAUACUUUACUAGAUUAUUUAUAGUUGUUCAGAUGCUUCAGUGCUGUAUGUUUGUUGGGUUAUAUUGGAAUAAAAUGGUGUGAUC